UGGAGAUGCAGGGCGUUCCAUCGAUUUAGCAUGACCAAAACAUGGCAGCGUGUUAACUCCCCCGUGGGGCUGGACAGGCUCUCCCCUCUCUGGGCAGACAGGAGUAAACAAGGAGGGGGUCUGCCCAACACAUUCUGGCAUACCACAAACCUCUGGGGGGGUUGGACUCUAACAGUCCAACACUUUGACUGAUCCCUGCUGGACAUGUGGCUUUAAGUGCACACUAAAUUCAGUCAUUUGGGGGUUAGUAGGCCUCUUUUAAUAGGUCACCCUAAAUGUUCUUUGCAAUAUUUUUUUUGCACAUUUACAGGUGUCCCAUAAAAUAAUAUGUGCAAUGCAAUAAGUCAGUGGAUUUUUUAGGUGCAGGACCGUUUAUGAGUGCAGUAAAAUGUGUGCACAAAUGCAUUUCUGUGCGUUUGACAGGUGUCUUCCUGCAGCCCGGGGGGUGCAUCACAUACAAGUGCUGCUGCCGGGGGGAGAAAGGGGGUGGCGUGCGCGCGGGGAGCUUCGCUCUGGUGACGUGCGGGGCCGCGCGGGCCGCGCGGGGCGGUGUUCUCAGGCGGGGAAACUGCCUGACUGACUGACUGGGGUGUGUGAGUCUGAGCCACAUCUGGAAUAGUAGCUGCAGACAAGAAGGAGUCGAGAGAAGCACGAGCUCAGAGAUCCUUUCUCCAACUCUUCUGCACUUCACUGGGUUUUUUAUCUAUAACUUUGCCUUUUUUGUAAGUUGGAUUUAUCCAGGAUUUGUUUUUACUUUAUUGUUUUAAGUUAAAGAUUUGAUGUUUUUAUUUACUUUUUUAUUUUUACUUUUUUAUCUUCCAGUAAAAGUGUUGGACUUUACUCGGGAGUAAAAGCGAUUCUGGAUUUAUUUUAAAGACAAAAGUGCGUUUCUUUCCCGUGUUUUGGUCGAAUCGAUCAUGCUUAGACAACAGUGAGGCAUGACGGCAGCUGCUGGGAUGGGGGGUUUUUCCGCGCAAAUGGAGCCACUUUAGCUCCAAACUUCAGUAAAGUCGUGAAUAAGUUGUCGUUUUCCCCUGUUUUACACUUUUUUCGUUUAUUAAUUAGUAAUAUUUUAGCGUUGAAAGUUGCUCAUACUCUUAGGAGGACGUUUUCUUUCCUUUCUGUUGUUUUUUUCUUUUGAGCGUAAGCGGACACUUUCACACCCACCGGGAGGAAAGUGGAGAAACAGCGCCCUCUGGCGUUAAGAUCCAUCAUGACACCUCCAGUUUAUUUCCAUGCAACUUUUUUUUUUUUCUGUUUAAUUUUUUUUAUUGUGUGUGUCUGCAGGUCUACUUGAAACAUGCUGUUCAUCCUGCUCGGAGUGCUUCUUUUGCACCUAAUUAUCCUGAUACUUCUAAUUGUAUCAACAGCAGCAAGUGCCUGGUCUGUAGGUGGGGAAAAAAGCACAGAUCUAUGGUACAGUUGCAUGACAUCCUCUGGGAGCUACCACUGCAAGCACGCCAGCAAUGAAGACUGGAUCCAGGCCGUGCAGGCCCUCAUGAUCCUCUCCUGCAUCUUCUGCUUCUGCGCACUCCUUGCCUUCCUGUACCAGCUGUUCCGAAUGGUGAAAGGCGGCCAGUUCUUCUUUACCGCCAUUUUCCAGAUCCUGGCGAGUGUGUUUGUGAUGUGCGGAGCGAUCAUCUACACUGUCAUGCGCCCCGACGAUAAGACCAUAACGCAUUUUGGCUACGCCUAUGUCCUGGCUUGGGUGGCCUUCCCUCUGUGCCUCAUCAGCGGCCUCAUUUAUAUCGUCCUGAGGAAGACGGAAUGAGAGUAGGAAGAGAGUAGGAAAAAAAAAUAGGUAGAAGGGGGAAUGUUACAGGACCCCCGCCUUACAACAACAUCGCACUGUGCUUCCUGCCCACAGACCACAAACUGACAAUCCUCCAGUAUCCAUCGUUUUCAAGCUGAAACCAUUUGUUUUGUGAAUCCGGACUGAAGCUGUUUGUCCCUGCAGUCGUGUCCUGUUUGGUCAUUCUCAGCAGCUUUUCCCACAAAUCCAACCAAAGUCACCUCCUCACAUCCCUACAAAGGUGUACAUAGUGUCUGUGUGGGUUUUGGACAUAUUUAUAACAUUUUAUACAUACAUUGUGUACAUAGAAGUGUCGAGUUAACAUUGUCACGCUCGUUUAUGUUUUAAGAGUGUGUCUCUCACAAAUCAUGCAGCUGUGCCAAAGAAAUGUCGCCUUAACCUCCAGUGUGUAGAGCUUUUUUUUUCUCCUCUUUUAAAUAAUGUGGAUUAAUCAAAGUGUUUGUAUUGAAGGAAAUGAGAACAAUCUCAGAAAGUGUUGAUAUGAAGUUUAACUUUGAUAACUCAAACUGAUUUGCCUUUUUGUAUUGAAAAUGGUGCUUUUUUUUUUCAAAAAAGACAAAAAAUACCAAAAAAAGACCCUGCUAUCCUUGAAAUUUGUAUCCUAACUUGUGUUGCUAAUGUGUUUUGUUCUGUAAUUAAUUUGCUUUGUACAAAACAUUUUUUAAACUUUGCUUUUUUGUCAUUAUUACAAUUAAAAAUCUUAAAAAAAAA